UCAGAAUACAAAGUAAAAACAAAUCUCCAGUAAUGAUUACAUAUGUUUACCUUUAAUGUUGAUUAAAGAUAAUUAAUAUUUGUUGGACUAAUUAAAUUUGUAUUACAGUUAUGAAUUUAUUGAUUGCAAGAUAAAUUGUGAGAGGCAAUUAAAGGUUAAUCAAUGGAUCCAUUAAGUAGGAUUCUUGGUUAUGGAGAAGCGGAAAAUUUUGAUAAAAGAGUUGAAGUACCACCGCCUCCGUUUGCACCAACGACGGUGGCAAAUGAAGAUAAUCAAGAAUCAACUAAAUGUAAUCAAAUUGUUCGAUUACCACUUUCAGGAAUAAUCGAAAUGUCCGAAGAUGAUGUUCGACAGGCGCUUUUACAUCACGUUGAACGAUUUCUUUGCUAUGGUAAAAAGGCCGUAAAGGAAAUGGUCAUCACCAAGAUGGACUAUUACAGCUCAUAUCGGUAUACAUUGGAAACAUUGACAGAGACUCGAUCAGUUGGUUGGGCAUUUGAUUCUUAUGCUGGAAUUGAUCUGGACAGUCGUAAAUGUGGACCACCACCCGAUCCAUGGGAGAUUCAUGUUCGAACACCCGAUUCGUUUGAAACUCGGAUUACAACAUCUCAAGUUCCGGUUCCUCACACUGAGUACAUUCAAAUGUGCCACUUUUGCAAUGAAACGGGUCGAAUCACUUGUAACCUUUGCCGUGGACGAUGUAAGGUUGAUUGUAGCUGGUGUAAUGGUUUUAGUACCACGGGAGAUCACACUUGCGUUCAUUGUACCGGUGGUAAGGUCAAGUGUGGUCAGUGUAAGGCGACUGGUGUCCAGCGAUGUGACCCUUGUCUUGGAACAGGGAAAAUUGUUUGUUACGUUGCGCUUUUUGUUACAUGGGCAAAAAAUUUCGAUAGCUGCUUAAUUGAACACUCGGACAUACCCAAGGACAUGGUGAAAAAAGCUUCAGGAACUUUAAUACUCAAUGAAACGGAUGAAAAUAUGCAAACAAUUGAAUAUUUUCAAGAUUCAAAUAUAAAUCGCGAUGGAAUUGAAUUAAUGGACAAACACAUCGCUCGUUACAUUAACAAGGGAAAACCAGUAUUCCAUAGACAAAAAGUUGCUCGAAUUCCAAUAGUUCGAGUUUAUUAUUCGUGGAAAACUUUUCUCGGACACUUUUGGGUCUAUGGGACGGAAAGGUUUGUCUUUGCUCCAAAUUAUCCACAGAAAAGCUGCUGUGGUUGCACAAUUAACUAAUUGUUAACCGAAAAUUACCUCAUACACAUUACCUCAGACAAUUAACUAUUCGAGUCCUUCCUACACAAUUAAAAUACUUAACCAAUUGUUGUGUUUUAUUUUUGGUUCAAGAGCUUCCAAGAGAAUUGAUUUAGUUCAAAAGAGACAAUUAAUUUCCAGUGGAAAUUAAUUCUCAUUCUAAAUGUUAUCAAUUAAUUACCAAAUUACAAUUGUAACAAUUUAAUAUUAUUAUGGCCCAAAGAACAAUUAAUAAUCAUUAUAAUCAACUCAUCAUCAUGUGUUAUUGAAUAAACUGUUAUUUAUUUACAUGUAAACUUAAUUUUGUCUCAUUUUCGUCAACAAUUUAAAGAUUUUAAAUAAGUUGAUUUAUCGUCAUUUAAUUUACAGUAAAUAAAUCAAUGAAUCAAUUGAUCAUCAAUUUAU